AUGUCGCAGAUACGUCUUACCAACGAGCAGAAGCUGCGCAUCUGCAAGCACCAGGAUGCUAACCCGCGCAUCACCCAGACUGCCCUGGCGGCUUGGACAAAGGACGCCUUUGACCUCCAGAAGGCACUUUCCCAGGCAGCGAUCAGCAAAAUCAUCAAAAAAAGGAAGGAGCUUGAGGCAAUGGACACCACUGACCUCAGCGCUAAGCGUCCUCGGACUGUCCAGCACCCAGCUGUGGAGGAGGCCGUCGCCUUCUGGGUCUUGCAGUGCCAGCACCGUGGGGUCGCUCUCACUGGAGAUCUCAUACGGGCCAAGGCUCAGACCUUUGCGGGAUCAAUGGGCGUCUCGGAGGAAAACAUCAGCUUUUCGCAUGGGUGGCUCCACAAAUUCCAGCAACGCCACAAACUGCGAGCUGUCCGCAUUUAUGGCGAGAGUGGCUCAGCAAAAGAUAUGGGCGCUCUAGAGGAGGCUCUUCUACACCUCAAGGCCGUGGUUGCUGGUUAUGCGCCACGUGACGUGUACAACAUGGACGAAACUGGUAGUAUGAAGCCCGACAAAACGAUCGCCCAGCAAGAGGUCGAAGGGUUUAAAAAAGACAAGACGCGCAUCACAGUUGCUCUCACGGCAAACGCUGAUGGAUCCGAAAAACUCCCGCCGUUCUUCAUUGGACACGCCAAAAAGCCGCGGUGUUUUGAGAACAAGACAGCUGAGCGACUGGGCUUUCUCUACCGCAACAACAAGAAAACCUGGAUGACUGGCAUACUCUUCUAG